AAUCGCUUUAACGAUAGAAUUUUUUACACGUCAAGACCACUCGAGUGGUUUUAGUUGAACACGAAACGUUGUUUAAAUUGAUAAACAACAUGUUCUAUUUCGUACUUUUCGCACUAAUUUUUGCAUCAACCGGUGCAGAAAAAGACCUUAUUCUUCAACUUGAAGAUGGUUUAGUGGAGGGUUUUUACAAAACUUCUUAUAACGGACGUAAAUAUGCUUCGUUUGAAGGAAUUCCUUUUGCUACACCUCCUAUACAAAAAUACAGAUUUAGGUCCCCACAACCUGCACAAAAAUGGAACGGAACUUUACCAGCAAAUCAAGUAUAUACAUGCAUACAAUUAGCAGGAGAUAAAGUAUUUGGAACAGAAGAUUGUCUUUACAUCAACGUUUAUGUUCCAAAAGAAAAAAUUAAUCGAGAAGACAAAUUGAAUGUUAUCGUCCACAUUCAUGGGGGUGCUUUCAUGAUGGGAAGCGGUCACAGUUUCGCGGGUCCAUCAAAAAUCAUGGACCGCGAUGUAAUUUUAGUUAAUUUUAAUUAUCGUCUCGGCCCAUUUGGCUUCUUAGCAACCGAAGACGACGUUUUUCAUGGUAAUUACGGAAUGAAGGAUCAAAUCCAAGCUUUAAGAUGGGUUCAAGCAAACAUAGAACAUUUUGGCGGGAACAAAGAUUCAGUUACAAUUAUUGGUUUAUCUGCUGGUGGAGCUAGUGUUCAUUUACAUUAUUUCAAUUGGGAUACUGAGGAGGUUUUAUUCCAUAAAGGGUGGGCGCAAAGUGGGGCCGCUUUAAAUCCUUGGGCGGUAAGAAUGAGUUCUUGGCCAAACGCAAAGAAAUUAAUUAAUGACGUUGGAUGUAAAGAUGAAAAUAUAAAAGUGACUUUGAGAUGCAUGAGGCAAAGAACUGCUAUACAAAUUGCCGAAAGUGUAAAAGGGAUUUAUUUGAAGCCGUUGUUGCCUUUAGCACCUUUUGCGCCAAAUUCUGAAUUAAUGAGUACGAAUAAUCAAGAUCCUUUUUUGAUAACUCCACCUUACGUGCAACUUAAAAGCGGGCAUGUUUUGGAUCGACCUUUUAUUAUUUCUCAAACUACAGAUGAAGGAAUGUUACCAGCAGCAAUAUAUUAUAAUAAUUUAGACGAAAUUGAUAGAGAUUGGAACAAAUUAGCACCAUACAUGUUGGAAUUUUACCAUGCUCCGGAAGAAGAUUGGGUAGAAAUUUCCAAAAAAAUCAAAGAUUUUUAUUUUAAAGGAGAAAACAUCACUAAAUCUAAUUUUAAAUCGUUCCUAAAGGUUUGUAAUCAACGUCUAUUUCAUAUGGGAGCUGAAAAAUCAGCCAAAAUGCAAGCAAAUAUUUCAAAUUCAGACGUUUACUUUUUGAUGUUUGGUUAUCCUGGAGCUGAUAAUCCUAUGAAGACACUAUACAACGCAGAAGUGGAGGGUGUUGGACAUGGAUAUGACGCAAAAUUCUUUUAUGAUUUUGAAAUGUUGAUGGGUGCAAGAUUAACUCCCGAAGAAGAAAAAAUGAAAGAUAUUAUGCUAGACUUUUUGGUCUCUUUUGCUAAAACCGGUAAACCAACUUCUAAUGGUAUUGAAUGGAACCCAGUUGCCAAGGAAGGAAAUUUAAAAUAUUUAUUUAUUAAAAAUCCUGAAGAUAUUCAAAUGAAAUCUACGAAACGUUUGGGAGCUUACGAAUUUUGGAAAUCGUUGGGAAUCAAAGAGGAGGAAAAUCUUUAUCAUUUUACAGCGGCAGGAAUCGAAAUAAAAUAAUUUGACUUGAAAUUCUAUUAUAAGUUGUAAUUAAAAGAUAUAUAUUUCAAUCACGUAUUUUGUAAUAUUUUUGAAUAAAAAUGUUCAUCAUAAUCCUAAAUGAGGAAAUCCUUGUGAAUGUAGCUCCUACAGCUAGUAAUAUUUUCAAUGUUAUAUUGCUAACUUUAUUGUGGUUAUAUUAAAAUAAACUAUAAGUCUAAAUAAAAA